AUGACGCCCCCCCCAGGUUGCUCGCCCGCCUCUCCGGAGGCUUCGAAGGCUCGCCAGACUCCCAGAACACGGCCACAAAGUCUGUCGGCGACUCCAGACGGAAACGCGCAAGGAGGAGCGGGGCUGCUUCGGUUCUCAGUAGAGGAUCUGCGCAACGUGGAGAGCGGUUUCGAGCGACAUCAGAGCCUGUACUCGACAUUCCUCCACGGGCGUUCGAGACAGAAUUCCCUCGUCAUCUAUAGAAAAAUCGCGGCAGCAGCCGCGGAUGAAACCUACGCUGUUCCCGGCAGCCUGUCAAUCGACGGGUUUCUGCUUCAACAAGCUCUCCUUCAGGCUUCGUCUUCUACUCCGCGGGUGCGAUUUCUGCUGGUGAUUGACUUGGAAGAAAUAAACCCAUUCAUCAAGACGGCUCUGAAUCCCGUGGCGGUGGCGAAUUUGCACAGGCAGCCGCAUUCCGCGCCCUUGGCCUUUGCGAAUUCCCCGUACUGGCAAACUCUGCGGCGUUUGUUUUUCGUCCCGGCGCGCUGCGAGGGAGUGAUUCUGCUGAACGCGCCGUCGAUCGUGCUGCAGCUCCUCUCAGUCUUUGACCACUUUCUGUUCCACCCGAACCGCAGCCUGGCGACGGGCUACGGAAAUCCGGCGAGCGCGCGCGCCAUCCAGAGCGCAUUGGCGCACAACAAAGGCGGGCGCUUCCUUCUCCAGGGUUCGCUCGAUACGUCGGCGCUGUGCGAGGUCGUCGACUCCGCGCAGGUCCCUGCGGAGUACUCCUGCCCGCCUGCUGCCGGGGCGGCGGCGGCGUCCGCGGGCGCGAAGCGGCUGGGCGAGACGACGGAGGCGCUCUACUUCUUCCAGGCUCUCUUCGAGCUCGUGAAGCGUCUCGACGGCGGCGUGCAGAAGGCCAAGAGCCGCAACCCGAUGCUUUUCGACUUCUCCGUGAAGGCCACUGCUGCCGGGAUCAAGGCUUCGCUCUGCAGCGGGCUUGGCGCGGACGCCAACGGCUCCGCGUCCGCCGUUUGCCCCCUUCCCGGCGACUCCGACGCGGUGGCGCCCGCAGGCGCAGCGAAGGAGGAAACACAAAGCGGCGAGGGCGGAGCCAAGAAGGCUUCUGAUGGGAAGAGACAGCGGAGCAGGCGGUCGCCCCGGUCCUCGAAGACAGGAAGCAGCGAGAACACAGGACAAGGGAACACGGACGGCGGCAAAAGGUCGGGAAAGAAGGCGCAGCCCGGUGACCAGCAGAAAGACGCCCGGCGCAGCACUUCUGAAUACGGCGCGGGCGCGGCCUCCGCCGGACAGAAGGGAAGUACCGAGGGGACCGUAAACGCUGCAGACGCAAACGCAGGCUUUUCGGCGUCUCUGGGCUCCGCAGACGGCCUCGCGGGUUCGUGGGGCGCCUCAGGGUUUGGUGGCCAGGACGGGCUCGGCGCGUUUGGAGCCCAAUUCGGAGACGCAGGCGCGGGGGGACAGCUCAUAUGGGGAGCGGGCGCAGACGACGCAGGGGGUGUUGGCGGCGGGUGGGGCGGUGAAGCAACGUCGAAGGUGCCUGUGGAUCGGGGGUUCUUUAUGAGUGAGUCAGAGGCGCUGGAAGUAGGCCACGAAUUUGAUGAUCUCGACUGA